CUCAGGACCAACACCGGCUGCUUUGUGCAACGAUGCUGAUGACGCCCACUUUUAGCAGAAGCGUCCUUCGGCUGGCGGGGGCCACGCUGCGGCUCCAGGUGUUCAGCUCACCCCAGAACAGAUGCUGCUACUCUGGAGACGCCUACCCUUCCCCCACUAAAGCCACGGGGGUGAAGAAGAGGGGCUAUGACAUCACCAGGAACCCCCAUCUCAACAAGGGAAUGGCCUUUACCCUCGAAGAGAGGCUGCAGCUGGGAAUCCAUGGCCUGCUCCCUCCUUGCUUCCUGAGCCAAGACGUUCAAGUUCUCCGCGUCCUCAAAAGCUACGAGACCAAAUCCAGCGAUCUAGACAAGUAUAUCGUCCUUAUGACGCUCCAAGACCGAAAUGAGAAGCUGUUCUACCGGGUCCUCACGUCGGACAUAGAAAGAUUCAUGCCUAUAGUGUACACUCCCACCGUCGGAUUGGCCUGUCAGCAGUAUGGGCUGGCUUUCAGAAGGCCCCGGGGGCUUUUCAUUACCAUUCACGAUAAAGGACAUAUUGCAACGAUGCUGGACUCAUGGCCUGAAGAAAACAUAAAGGCCAUCGUGGUGACAGACGGAGAGAGGAUUCUGGGUCUGGGGGAUCUGGGAAGCUACGGCAUGGGAAUCCCUGUCGGGAAACUCGCUCUCUACACGGCUUGUGGGGGCGUCCAUCCCCAACAUUGCCUACCUGUCCUUUUGGAUGUCGGCACGGACAACGAGGCCCUCCUGAACGAUCCGCUCUACAUUGGCCUGAAGCACAAGAGAGUUCGUGGGAAACAGUACGACAGCCUGAUUGAUGAGUUUAUGCAAGCAGUUGCUAACAAGUAUGGGAUGAAUUGCCUCAUUCAGUUUGAAGACUUUGCCAACGCCAAUGCGUUCCGGCUUCUCAACAAAUACCGCGACAGAUAUUGCACGUUCAAUGAUGACAUUCAAGGAACUGCCUCUGUUGCAGUAGCCGGCAUCCUUGCAGCCUUGAGGAUCACAAAGAACAAGCUUUCUGACCACAAAUUCGUCUUCCAGGGAGCUGGAGAGGCGGCGAUGGGCAUAGCUCACCUGAUUGUGAUGGCCCUGGAGAAGGAAGGAAUUUCAAGGGGAGAAGCUAUCAAAAAAAUCUGGAUGGUGGACUCCAAGGGACUCAUUGUAAAGGGCAGAAGUCACUUGAACCAUGAGAAGGAGAUGUUUGCUCAUGACCACCCCAACAUGAAGACGCUGGAGGAAGUGGUGAAGGCAGUAAAACCAACAGCCCUCAUUGGUGUGGCUGCCAUUGCUGGUGCUUUCUCUGAUCAGAUUCUGAAGGACAUGGGGUCUUUCAACAAGAGGCCGAUUGUGUUCGCCCUUAGCAACCCUACAAGCAAAGCAGAAUGCACUGCGGAACAGUGUUACCGCUUGACCGAGGGCCGAGGCAUAUUUGCGAGCGGGAGCCCGUUCUCCAAAGUGACCCUGCCAAAUGGACAGACCUUCUUCCCAGGCCAGGGGAACAACGCCUAUGUUUUCCCGGGAGUCGCUCUGGGAGUGAUCGCCUGUGGAGUCCGGCAUAUCUCCGACGAUAUCUUUCUCACGACGGCAGAGUCGAUCGCAGAAGAGGUCACUGAAGAGAAUCUUGCAGAAGGAAGGUUGUAUCCGCCUCUGAGCUCCAUUCGAGAUGUCUCCUUAAAAAUCGCUGUCAAAGUUGUCGACUAUGCCUACAAAAACAACUUGGCCUCCUGGUACCCGGAACCGGAAGACAAAGAAGCCUUUGUCAAAUCCCUCAUCUACAGCCCUGACUACGACUCCUUCAUUAUAGAUAAUUACCAGUGGCCGCAGGAAGCCAUGCAGACUCAAAACAUUUGAUGUUCCCCUCUCUCUCUCUCUCUCUCUCUCUCUUGGUCUUAAAGAGACUCUGAUUCUUAAGACGCUCCCAUUUCUACCACGUCGGAUAUCAGUAGGUCUUCAAGCUUAUAAAUUCCUCAGCUUAUAGAUGGAGGGGGGUGAGCAAGCACCCAUCUUUCCUUGGUGCCAUUUUCCCUUUCUUCCUUUCUUUUCAAAGAAAAACGCACACAUACCUGAGCCGGAAAUGACACAAAGUCAACAGGGGCCAUUUGCGCUCCCAAACAAAUGCACUGACACCUCGAGGUCGGCGCAAGGUGGCUCCAUCCUGUUGUCUUCCCUCUUUUAGUUUAAGCGCAUGCCACAAUUUUGGGGAAUCAUUCUGCAGUGGGGAGGCCAUCCCCCAAAAUGCCCCACAGCUCUGGCAUAACCCCACCGCCCUUUCCCAGUGUUAGUGCUUGGAGCUGAACUCCAGUAAACCCCACAAUAGCAGCAGCUGAGAUGCCUUACAACUAG